CUUUUUUUUCCCCCCUGUUUUGCAUGGCUGUAGACCAUGGCCACUUUCGUCUGCAGGGUUCAGUUCUUAGACGACACCGAUCCGUUCAACAGCACCAACUUCCCCGAACCCACCCGACCCCCCGUCUACACUUUCCGAGAGGACAUCCCUCUGAUCAAUCAGAUCGCCGGGGUCCACCGGCUGCUCAGAGCUCCCCACAAGAUUGAUGACUGUGCACUGCAGCUGUCCCACAAUGGCACCUAUCUGGAUUUGGAGUCCACAGUGGCAGAACAGAAGGAUGAAAUGGAAGGCUUCUUGGAGGAUCCUGGGAGGGGAAAGAAGCACAGCAUGAUCCUGCGGACGCAGCUCUCAGUCAGAGUCCAUGCCUGUAUUGAAAAACUCUACAAUUCUAAUGGACGGGAGCUGAGAAGAGCCCUCUUUUCCCUCAAGCAGAUUUUUCAGGAUGACAAAGAUUUGGUCCAUGAGUUUGUCGUUGCUGAGGGUCUAACAUGCUUGAUAAAAGUAGGAGCAGAGGCAGACCAGAACUACCAGAAUUACAUCCUGAGAGCUCUGGGCCAGAUUAUGCUGUAUGUGGAUGGGAUGAAUGGAGUGAUAGGACACAAUGAAACCAUCCAGUGGCUCUACACGCUCAUAGGGUCAAAGUUCCGUCUGGUAGUGAAGACAGCUCUGAAGCUGCUGCUGGUGUUUGUGGAGUACACAGAGUCGAAUGCCCUGCUCCUCAUCAAGGCUGUGACCAUAGUGGACAAGAAAAGAGGUGUGAGAUCGUGGUCGAACAUCAUGGAAAUUUUGGAUGAGAAAGAUGGGAUUGACACAGAGCUGCUCGUCUAUGCCAUGACGUUAAUAAAUAAGACAUCGGCAGGGUUGCCUGAUCAAGAUUCCUUCUACGAUGUCAUUGACUGUCUGGAAGAACAAGGGAUGGAAGCAAUCGCUCAGAGACAUUUGAGCAAAAAAGGAACGGACUUGGAUUUAGUCGAACAAUUUAAUAUUUAUGAGAUGACACUAAAGCAUGAAGACGGAGAUGACAAUAGUGUAGCUCCGAGUGGGCGCAAGGAACGGAGAAGGUCAAGCCUUGGCUUGAACGAACGGCGCGGUUUAGAACGGCGGAGAAGCCGGCGGCAUUCAGUGCAGAACAAAAGCUCAGUGUCUGCCCCUGUGAGCCCUUGCAGUCCUCUGUCUGGACAUUUGAGCCAAACUGCUUCCAGCUUCCUUUCAGCCAAUGGACACAGGAAUGAAGAUCUCAAUGAAAAUAAAGGUGAGCAGCCCGUGAUCUGCCCUGCUGAUGAAUCAAACCAGUCUGACAGCGUGUUUGAGACAGAUCAAGGCACAGCACACGAUGUAGACGAGGAUUGUGAAGAAGGAGCAGAGGAAGAGCAACCAGUCACUGAACCUAAUACCGAAGAUGAGGGGGAUGAAGAGCCCUCUUGUCAGGUCCAGAAAAGUGAGUUGAAGCCAGACACAGCAAACAAACGUGCAGAAAUUAGUUCCCAGAGCUCAAAAUAUAUAGCAAACUUUAUCCCUCUUUCUGAAGAGAAAGGACCUUCUUCCCAGCAUUACACGUAUCCAUCCACCAGUUCUUCCUCACUAUCUCAAUCACCCAGUUCACCUAGUGACUACCAGCAUCCUUCAUCAUCAUUCCUAUCACCAUCUGUUGCUACCCAUCUAUCUCCAAACAGUUCUCAACUUUCAUCAGCAAACGCUACCCCAGCUGUGUCUCCAACCAUUGAGAAGCUGCCAUAUGUUCCCCACUUGCCUUUCCACCUCUUCUCUUAUGAUCUGAGUGAACCUCCUACAAGGGUCAAAGAAAAAGAAGCAGAGAUGAGAGAAAACAGUCAGUCAGAAUCUUCAUACAUGAACAAAUAUAAUGACACCUUUGAACCUUAUACUUCCAGGUUUUCUUCCAAUAGAUACAGCAACUAUGGCAGCAGCAGCUACACCCCGUCACGACCUUACCCUGGGCUCAGCGCUGCCACCACCCCAACCUCUCGCUAUGGGACCGCUAGCUCACCUGCUCCCGAGACUAAACCUGACAGGCCAGCGUUGGGUGGUCUUCUGUCCUCAUCAUACCGACAACAUCAGGAGUCGCUUGCAGCUGAGCGAGAGAAACGCCGGCAAGAGAGAGAGGAAAGACUGCAACGGAUAGAGCGGGAAGAAAGGAACCGAUUCAGUCGGGGCUACGUAGAAAAAAGAGAAGAACAGAGAUUGGCAAGAGAAGAAAGAUACAAGUACGUGGAGAAGCUCGCGGCGGAGGAGUACGAGAAGGAAGCGAGGAACCGGGCUCCCCGGGCACGCAGCGACCUGUCCUUGAGCCUGAGUUCGCCCGUGGCUCCAUCGACCCAGGCCCCAAAGUCCGUGAUUCCCUCGUCUACAGAAUCUCAGGAGGAGCCAGAGACACCAUCAGCCACGUGCGAUUCCCCGCAGCCUGUUGAAUCCUCUGCCAGUGAGAAGGAGCCUGAACCUGAGCCAGAGCCCGAGCCUGAGCUGGAGCCUGAAUCAGAAGCUGAACGAGAAACGGAGGGGGCCACAGAGACAAGAGCCGCAGAGCUGGGACCGGAGCUGGAGAACGAGCAGGGACCUGAGCGCGAUGCGGAGGAGAAUGCGUUGCUGAGCGAAAAGGAGAGGCAGAAUGAGGAAGUGAAUGAGAAAGACAACUGCUCAGCAUCCAGCAUCUCUUCAGCCAGCAGCACUUUAGAAAGAGAAGAAAGGGAAGACAAAGUGACCAGUGACAAUGAAAACGGACAAUGGACGCAGAGCAUCAAAGAAGUCAGUGUAAAUGAUCAGUGCAGUAACAUUCUCAACAACAAGCGCUUCAUGCUGGACAUGUUGUACUCUCAGAACAAAAAGGCAGAGGAUGAGGGAGAGGCAGAGCUCAAUGAUAAAGAGAAGGAAGAAAAAGAAGAGUCUUUGGCAAGCUUGGCGAGCCGGAUCUCUAUCCUACAGGCCAACAAACAAGCCUGUGAAGAAAAUGUGAAGAAAAUGGAGAUUGACCAUUUAGAGAACCAAGGGAGCGUGAGGGCUUUUACUGAGAAGUUCAACAGUGGUGAGAUAAGCAAAGGAUCAGGCUCGUCUGAUUCUGAAGUGGCUGAGAAGGCUGUGGAUAAAGUGGCAGCACAGCCUAAAAAGGAGUCUGAUUAUAUUUGGGAUCAACUGAUGGCAAAUCCCAGGGAACUGAAAAUCAAAGAUAUGGACUUCACAGAUUUGGAGGAAGAGGAUGACGUGAACGUGUUAGACAUGGAAUGUUUACUUAGUUCUGGAGACUCGAUACUUCCUCCCCCACCUCCUCCGCCCCCUUUUAUGGGCAUGCCUCCUCCGCCCCCUCCACUUGGGUGCCCGCCUCCUCCACCGCCUCCUCCAGUGCCCGGUAUGUGUUUGCCCCCAGCCCCACCUAUCCGGGUCCCUCAGUGUCCUGUCCCUCACCUAACCAGGGGUGAGCCGACAUUCCUGAAGAAGAAGAAGACCAUCAGGCUGUUUUGGAAUGAACUCCGACCAAUUGACUGGCGAUACAAGAAUCAUAAACGAUGCAAAGAGACCCUUUGGGCCCGACUGGAGCCUGUGAAGGUGGACAUCUCCAAGCUAGAACAUCUCUUUGAAUCAAAAUCCAAAGAAAUACCAGUUACUAAGAAAAGUGCAUCGGAUGGGAAGAGACAGGAAGUCAUUGUGUUAGAUUCAAAGAGGAGCAACGCCAUUAACAUUGGAUUGACAGUAUUACCCCCUCCAAGAACAAUCAAAACAGCUAUCCUCAACUUUGAUGAAUAUGCCUUGAACAAGGAAGGUAUAGAGAAAAUCUUAACCAUGAUUCCUACGGAAGAGGAGAAGCAGAAGAUCCAGGAGGCCCAACUGCUGAAUCCUGACAUUCCCUUAGGCACCGCAGAGCAGUUCCUUCUUACCUUGUCCUCCAUCAGUGAGCUCUCAGCUCGACUCCAGCUCUGGGCUUUCAAACUGGACUAUGAAACAGUCGAGAAGGAAGUUGCAGAACCGUUACAGGACCUGAAGGAAGGAAUGGACCAGUUGGAGAACAAUAAAUCCUUAAGAUAUAUCUUGGCUACAUUACUGGCAAUUGGAAACUUCCUAAAUGCAUCAAAUGCUAAAGGCUUUGAGCUGGGCUACUUGGCGAAGGUUCCAGAAGUGAAAGACACUGUCCACAAGCAGUCUCUGCUCCACCACACUGCUACUAUUGUGGUGGAAAAGUUUCCAGAUAGUUCAGACCUGUACUCAGAGAUCGGGGCCAUCACUAGGUCAGCCAAGGUUGACUUUGAUCAGCUCCAGGAAAAUCUUUGCCAACUGGAGAGGAGGUGCAAAGCCUCGUGGGAUCACCUGAAAGCUAUUGCAAAGCAUGAAAUGAAACCUGUCCUGAAGCAGAAAAUGUCUGAGUUCCUGAAAGACUGUGCCGAGAGAAUCAUCAUUUUAAAAAUUGUUCACAGAAGAAUAGUAAAUAGAUUUCAUGCAUUUCUGCUGUUUAUGGGCCAUCCCCCAUAUGCCAUCCGAGAAGCCAGCAUUCACAGGUUCUGUAAGAUAAUCAGCGAGUUUGCCCUGGAAUAUCGCACCACCAGAGAGAGAGUCUUACAGCAAAAGCAGAAGAGAGCCAACCACAGAGAAAGAAACAAGACCAGGGGCAAAAUGAUCACAGAUACUGAUGAUGAAGAUGAUGGUGAGACAGGAAAGUUCUCCACCAACACCACCAACGCCUCGAGCAGCAGACAGCCACAAGGACUCCAGUACGCAGAAGAGGCAGCAGAACACGAGAACAUGAAAGCCGUACUCAAAACGUCCUCGCCCAGCGGAGAGGUCGCUACCUGUGUGCCAGGCACGCGCACACGAACAAGAGCCAACAGAGGCCGUGUUGGAUCCUGGAACCCGGGUAACGAUGAUUCUCCAAAUGCCACAGAUGAUGCUGCAGAUGAAAUUAUGGACCGGAUUGUAAAGUCUGCCACCCAAGUGCCAAAUCAGAGAGCGGUGCCGAGAGAGAGGAAACGCUCACGAGCAAACAGGAAGUCUCUAAGAAGAACACUAAAGAGUGGCUUGACACCAGAGGAGGCCAAAGCACUGGGUCUGGUGAACACCUCCGAGAUGCAGGUGUGAAGUGACUGAACACGAGCCAAGGCAGGAAACACCACUAAUAGCACCUGGGCAAGGCAUGACACAGCACGGCUAAAAACAUCCAGCUGGCAACCAUUGGCUGCUCUGGGCAUCCAGUCACUACCCAGCUCACUCAUCGUAUGACACAUAUGAGCGACGAGAGCUUCAAAGGGAUGUUGAAUAUUGGCACUAAAAUUCUGAGAGUUUUUUUUUAAAAAUCAGGAUUGUUCAGAAAUAUUUAUACCUAGAUAAAAGUAUUGCUUUUUGUUUUGUUUUUCUAAUUGACAGGGUUAGAAAAGUAAGCUGUUGUACGAGAUAUGUUGUACGAAAUAUGUUUACGUUGGCUUUUCUUGUGGCCUACUUAUGUAGCAAUACCAUGCACCAAGUCAGUGUAAGCACCAGACCUUAAGGAGACAGUAUGUUGAAGUUUGCUGGAUCAACCCCAGCCAUGUGUUGGAACUUUAAACAGAUGUCGUCUAACCUGCACCAAAAAGCAUUGAUGUGAUCCAGCGUAGUCUAACUUAUACACACAAAAAUACAUUAGUUGAACAGAUAACCUUGAGUUUUCCAAAGUUAUGUGUUUGUGGCCCAGUACAGUGAAAGCAAACUUCUUUUCUAGAAUAUUAUUGGCAAAGAUAGGUAUUAAAUAUAGUGAAGUACAGGCUGGACCAGUUAGGCAGCAGAGGAUUCUGAAACAGCAUCAGGAACAGUCGUGUUCAUUGAAGUCCAAGUCAGUGCAAAGAUCGUCAAGAGGCAGUAUGUCUAUGAAGAAGACAUAAUUGCAAUGAUCAUUAAAAGUGUAUUAAAUGACUUGCCUUUAUAACUAAGGCCUGAAAAUCUGACUGAUUUGAUUGUAGGUUUUUUUAAAUGGAGACAACUGAAGUAUCUUAAUAUUCCUGUACAGCCCAUCCCUAAAGCUCAGUGACACAGUGUGGACUGCCGUAUAAUCAGUGAGUUUUGUCACCUCUGCCUGUUUGCACUGGGAGGGAAGGGCCUAUCCUGUCUUGACAUUUUAAUGUUGGUCAGAGAGUCCAGAAUCUCAAUGAACCCAACUCCUGAUGGCCAUGAUUUGUACUUCCUAGUAGUUUCUGAAGCACAGCCAAUAUUGAUAAUAGAUAGUCCUCAGCUCCACUCAAUUCUUACUGAAACCUCAGAGAUGGCAAAGGCUAAAGCAAGGGAGAGUUGGACAAGAAGGAGAUUACCCUCCCCAACCCCCACAAAGUGUCCAAAAGUGAUAAUCCCAAAAAGUAUUAUAGUGAAAUAAAAGUGGUGUAUAGAGUGCUAGAGAGUGGAGGCCAGGUCAGCUGGUUGCAAGCCAAGAUCAGAAGUGAAACCUUCCAGACCAGCAGACAAUCCACAAUUUCCUGGCCAGUAAACUCAGCUGCUGUUUGAUUUCACCUGAUUAUGAUGAUAGGGGCUGAGUAUGGGGUACUCUUGUUUAGUAUACAUGGGGUAGGCAGUAUGAGGUGUUGUAGGGUUGAACACAACUGCAACAAGUUUUCCUUCUGCCAGCUGAGCUGAAGUGUAACUUGAACUGCACCACUGUGUGGAUUCACCAUGACUGCGUCUAAGAAGCUCUUCAACCACAAGAUGAGGAAAAGGCUCAGUGUUUUACCUAUAAAUGGCAUGAUAUAACGAAGGGGGUAAGGGUACUAUGAGAGCAGAAGGUAGAUAGAGGUGCAGGGGUGUAGUUUGGUGCAGUCAAUCAUGUUGAAAUGCCUCAAAAAAGUCAAGCUUGGACUUUAGGGUCAAUCAUUUUCCAGGAGGCAUGCAAUAAGAUUACACAUUAAAACAGUUCAAUGAUCUGCAGUUAAUUUUCAGGUCAGUUCCGUUGUUCAGCCUCUGACUCAACAGUCACCUAUCAAUACAUUUGUGCUCAGGCUUAUGUAGAUAAUGGGAUGAGGAUUAGCAGUCUCACUGUGAUUGAAUUUAAUGCAUAGUCAAAACAAAACUCAAACAGGCAUAUAGAUAUUUUUCAUUCUUUCAAAGAGGACCGACCUAUGGAAUGGGAUAAUAAAGUAACAUUUCAUUUUAUAAUCAAGCACAAAAUAAGAACAGCACAUGAUCAGCAUUACCUAUAUGUACCAGAUCAGAGAGAGCCAUAGCAUAGUAAUACUAUUGAGGGGUAGAGACAACAAAACUUGCAUUUAUAUUGCAUCCUUCACAUUGCGGUGUCGUGUCUUGGAGUGCCUAGGUUUAGUCGUGUCUCCUACAUCUUUGUGCCCCUAGAUUGCUGGCCUAAAUGCAAGUCUUAUUCACCGCAUGAAAAUUUGCUUAUGGAUUUGCAGGUAUACAGCGUAGAACCCUAAAACAGGUUAGUGAGUCCAUGAGCUAAGGUGGGGUGGGCCAAGAUUUGUGCACGUUUUCACAUGUAAUGAGUUAUCUGAUGCCUUGGAGAAGUUUAUCAUUUGUUAUUUUUGGCCCAGCAGUGAGAUUUGAAAAUCUCCAUGGUUGUUUCAAUAAUAAUAAUAAUACUUGCAUUUCAUAUAGCUCCUAAUCAUGC